UUCCAUUGCGGUCGUUAUUUGGUUUUUCAUUUCUGCAUUAAAUAUUUACGCUAUUUACGAUAUGGCAUUAAAUGGGGUUGCUGGUAGUUAAAGAUCAUAUAGAUAUAACACGCAAUACAUAUAAUAGACAUCAUGACAUUGUAAAAUAAUUAAAUAGUACCAUAAUUGAAUUAUGAUGUAAUGAGUAGAAGACCCAUACCGCAAAUAACACCUGUUACCUGCACCCCAAACAGUUUUUUUUUUUCAUUGACUCAUAUCACGUGCAAGCGAUACCGCUAUCAAAAGUCUCCUGUGUACCCCCAUUGAAAAAUUUUGACUCAUAUCGGUCACUAUAAUCUAAACACGAUUCAAUUAUCACCAGAUUCAGAUCUACAUAUAAGUAGACACAUUCUUUUAACUUAAAGCGUGAAAUAUCACAUUACAAAGUCAUAUCAUUUGAUUUACUCGUACCAUAGUUAGUCAUCAUCGUCAUCUUCAUCUUAAUUAUCGCAUAUCAUGUCAGUGUCUCCAGCAUUAUCAGCUCGAUCGUAUAAUUCCGUAUUGGAUUUUAAAUCUACUUCAGCUAAAGGUGGUUGGAUAGUUCAAAAAUUCGGUGGUACAUCAGUUGGGAAGUUUCCUACUAAUAUAGUUGAUGAUAUCAUUAAAGCCUUUUCUGCCAAUAAUAGAGUUGCCGUGGUUUGUUCUGCCCGUUCUUCUCAAACCAAAAGUGAAGGUACCACUUCAAGAUUAUUAAGAGCAGCCGAUUUAGCUAAUGAAAAUAAAGAUUUCCAAAACUUAUUGGAUGUCAUUGAAGAAGAUCACGUCAACAAUGCCAAAGAAUUCAUUGUUCAUAAACCUGAAGUAUUACAAAAAUUAAUAGAAGAUACUAAACAGGAAUUAUUCCAUGCCCGUGAAUUAUUACAUGCAUGUCAAGUCAUUGGAGAAAUAAGUCCAAGAUCCUUAGAUUCAAUCAUGUCUAUUGGAGAAAAGUUAUCAUGUUUAUUCAUAUCUGCAUUAAUGGUUGAUCAUGGUUUAAAAUCUAAAUAUAUCGAUUUAUCUGAAAUUAUACCGUUAACUUAUGAUUUCAAUCAAGGGUUCGAUGAUAAUUUUUAUAAAUUCUUAUCUCAACAUUUUGGUUCUUUAAUAUUAGAUUUAGAACCAGAUGUGGUACCUGUUUUAACUGGUUAUUUCGGUGUGGUCCCUGGUGGACUUUUAAAUGGAGUUGGUAGAGGUUAUACUGAUUUAUGUGCGGCUUUGGUUGCAGUUGGAGUUCAAGCUGAUGAAUUACAAGUUUGGAAAGAAGUUGAUGGUAUUUUCACAGCUGAUCCAAGAAAAGUUCCUAAUGCUAGAUUAUUAGAUAGUGUUACUCCGGAAGAAGCAGCAGAAUUAACUUAUUAUGGUUCUGAAGUUAUUCAUCCAUUCACAAUGGAACAAGUUAUAAAAGCAAGAAUCCCCAUCAGAAUUAAAAAUGUUGAAAAUCCUCAAGGUAAAGGUACUAUUAUUUAUCCUGAUAAUAUUGCUAGAAGAGGUGAAGAAACUCCACCACAUCCACCAGCUGCAUAUGAAACAUUAUCACCAAACUAUAUCUCUACUCAUAAAAAGAGAUCAGCAACCGCUAUUACUGCCAAACAAGACAUUGUAGUGGUUAACAUUCAUUCUAAUAAGAAAACAUUAAGUCAUGGCUUUUUAGCCCAUAUUUUCAAAACCCUUGAUUUAUUCAAAUUAGUAGUUGAUUUAAUCUCAACUUCAGAAGUUCACGUUUCAAUGGCUUUACAAAUCCAAAGUGAUCAAGAACCAGCUUUGAAAUCUGCUGUGAAAGAAUUAAGAAAAAUGGGGUCAGUAGAUAUCACAAGACAUAUGACUAUUAUUUCCUUAGUUGGAAAACAAAUGGUGAAUUUCAUUGGUAUUGCCGGGAAUAUGUUUAAAGUAUUAGCUGAUGAAAGAAUUAAUAUUGAAAUGAUCAGUCAAGGGGCCAAUGAAAUUAAUAUAUCAGCCGUUAUCAAUGAUAACGAUACUAUUAGAGCAUUACGUUCUAUUCAUGCUAAAUUAUUAGAAGGAUUAUAUGAACCAAUUCCAAGUGCAGUUGAUUUAAGAUUAGAAGCACUCAGAUUUACAUAAAACAAAAAAGAAAGACAUUUUGUACAUAGACAAUUAUUUAUCAUGUAA